AUGAGGGAACUGUGUCGAAUGUCAGGAGAGAUCCCGCCCCCCAUGUCAGGCACCUGCAGCUGCUUUCUAAUUGGCCACAUGUACAUAUUCGGAGGAUAUGAUGACACGGGACAGACCAAUCAGCUUUACCGUGUCAACCUCCUGGAUGGGGACUACAGAUGGAAGAACGUGAAAGCUGAGAGUGGCUCUCCUCCUUCACCCAGAGAUAAGCUGUGCUGCUGGGUUUUCAACGAGAGGGUCACCUACUUUGGUGGAUAUGGUCACAAGACACUUGAUGACAUCAUGGAUGACAAAAGCUUCAUCGUGGACACGGCAUCAUUGGAGCAGAACGUUGGUUGGGGAUGGAACAAUGAAGUCCACGUUUUUGAUACAACACUAGCCAGCUGGAGGCAACCACAGAGCUCUGGUCGUGCUCCUGCCCCCAGAGCUGCCCAUGCAGGUGCAACACUUGGUCAUAAAGGGUAUGUCUAUGGGGGCCGAGUACUGGAAACCACACCAAGUGACAUUCAUUGUCUAGAUCUAGAAUCAUGGACGUGGUCUGAAAUAGUACCAACAUCCACUGUGCCAGGGGGAAGGUCGUGGCACAGCCUCACUGCCGUAUCUGAUAACACUUUGUUUCUAUUUGGUGGACUGAAUGUGGACUGCAAACCAAUGAGUGAUAGAUGGGUUUUAGACGUUGACACAAAGACAUGGAGGGAGUUUGACCAUCCAAACAACAACAAACCAAGGUUGUGGCACACAGCAAGCCAAGCAAAGGACUCUGACAUCGUUGUGUUUGGGGGUAGUUGUGACUACGUCCUCCUAGUAGGAACGUAUGAGAAUUUGACGGGCCACAGCAAUGAUGUACUUGUUUUCCAGACCCAGCCUUAUCCUCUCUUUCGGAUAUGUGUGGACUGCAUAGCAAAGAAUGUGAAUAACUUCAAGAUGCUUCAAAACCAGCUUCCAUCUCUGCCCCGGAAACUACUGGAAGCUGUACAGAGGAGAACGUCCAGAAAUAUAUAAUACAUAUAGUGCAUUCAGAAACUAUUCAGACCACUUGACUUUUCCCCGAUUUUGUUAUGUUACAGCUUUAUUCUAAAAUGGAUUAAAUUGUUUUUUCCCCCUCAUCAAUCUACACACAAUAACCCCAUAAUGACAAAGCAAAAAUAGGUUUUUAGAAAUUUUUGAAAAUGUAUAAAACAUUUUUUUUAAUGAAAUAUCACAUUUCCGAAAGUAUUCAGACCCUUUACUCAGUACUAUGUUAAAGUAAUUUUGGCAACGAUUACAGUCUCGAGUCUUAAUUGGGUAUGACGCUACAAGCUUGGCAUACCUGUAUUUGGGGAGCUUCUCCCAUUCCUGUCUGCAGAUCCUCUCAAACGUUGUCAGGUUGGAUGGGGAUCACCUCUACACAGCUAUUUUCAGGUCUCUCCAGAGAUGUUCGAUCGGGUUCAAGUCCGGGCUCUGGCUUGGCCACUCAAGGACAUUCAGAGACUUGUCCAGCAGCCACUCCUCCCUUGUCUUGGCUGUGUGCUUAGGGUCGUUGUCCUGUUGGAAGGUGAACCUUAAUCCCAGUCUGAGAUCCUGAGUGCUCUGGAGCAGGCUUUCAUCAAGGAAAGGGAAGGGGGGAUACCCAGUCAGUACAACUGAAUGCUAAACUAAUUAAAUGUGUCUUCCGCAUUUAACGCUACACCUCUGAAUCAGAGAGGUGCGGGGGGCGUGCCUUAAUCGACAUCCACGUCUUUGGCACCCGGGAAACAGUGUGUUAACUGCCUUACUUAGAGACAGAAAGACAGAGCGUUACCCUCGGGUUCUCUUUGUACUUUGCACCUUUCA